AAUGAUAAUGAUGAUGAUCAUGAAAUUGAUACAAAUGUUAAAAAUAGUUUUGAAUAUUUUGAAAGUAGUAAUGACGAUGAUGAUGAUGAUGAUGAUGUUGGUGAUGAUGAUUGGAAUAAAAGUGAUAUACACUUUAAUAAAAACAUACAUGAGCGUAAUUUUUCAACAAUUUUGGAUAAAAUAUCAAUUGAUAAACCAGUUCAUGUUAGACUUGCAGGUUUUGAGACAUUAUCAAAAAUUGAAUUUAUCAAUAAUUGUAAUAAUGAAACAUUUGAGCUACUUUUAAAAUCACUUAGAGAUGGUAUAUCUGAUGAUAAAAAACCAAUUUUUGAAGCAAGUUUGAAAAUUCAUUCAAAAUAUUCAGACAGUUCACGAUCACAUGAUAUUUAUACAAAUUUAAUAACAUCAUUAAAAAAUGAAUAUAAUAUUAAAAAAAAUUAUGACAAUUUACCAAAUUUAAAUACAGGUGUUAAUUUUAAAAUAUAUUUACAUGAAAAAUUAAUAAGAUUAUUGUAUUUAAUAAUAAUGUAUCAACGUGAAAUAUUAAAAAUAACAAGAAGUACUGACAGAACAAUUGAUGAAAUGAUUGAACAGUUUAUUGAUAUAUUAACAUGGAAAAAUAUAAUAAAUCAAAAUAAUAAAAUAAUGAGUAUAUUAAAUUUAGUAUCAAUUAUUGAUCCACGUGGUAUAUGGUGUAAAAAAUUAAUUCAUAGUAUGACAACAAGAAAAAGUUUGAUGCUUUCAAUAUCAAAAAUACCAAAUAUUAUUGAUAUAAUAUUUAACACUGUUAAAAUUGGUUUAAAAGAUUGUCAUCAAAGUCAAAUUGCAUAUUCAAUAACCGAUGAAACAAUUUAUGUAAGUGGUAAUUGUGGUAAUACAUCAUCUGUUUUUAUAUCUGGUGAAACAGUUGAAACAAUAACAUUUCUUCAUUGUUUAAAUAUUGCAUCACAAAUUUGUAUUUAUUAUCCAAAUAAUAAAACAUCAGAUAUUACAAUUGAUUCAUCAGCAUUAUUAAUACCAUCAACAAAUGAUUUUGCAAUUGAUUUGAUAAAUUUUUUAAAUUCAUUAGCAGUAUCAACUGAAGCAAAAUCAAUAUAUAAUGAAUCAUUUGAAGCAUUAAAAUUAAUGUUACAACAACAAUAUAUACAAUGUGAUUUAAAAUUAUUUCAAGCAUCAAUUUUACCACUUAUUAAUAAACCAUCAAAAAUUAAUAUAAAUAAUAAUUUAACAGCAUCACAUACAAUUGAUAUUAUUGAUUUUAUUUUAGAUUCAAAAGAUGGUAUUAUAUUUUUUUCAACACCAUAUUUACCAGAAACUAAUCAAUCCGUUAUUCUUAAAAAUUCAACAAAUAAUAAUAUUCAAAUAAAAGAAAAAAAAAUAAUACCAGCUUGUUGUUUUCUUCAACAUGCAUCAGAUUUAUUGAGACAACCACUUGUUGUCAUGAAUGUGAAUCAUAUUUUACGUGUACUCGAUGUUAUUGGAAAAUUAUGUCAAGUAUUACCAAAUUUAGAGCUAAUUGCCCAAACAAUUGAAGAUUAUUUUUAUCCAUCAAUUGAUUAUUUUUAUAGUAAAAUUGAUAAAUAUGCUGUUAUACAUGAAAAUAAAACUCAAAAUAUUGAUUCAGCUGUUAAAAAAAUGCUUAUGAAAAUAUCAUCUUGGCCAUUGGGUAUAUGGUUAUUAUCAGGACAUGAAUUAAUAUUUGAAGAACUUGUUAGAGCAUCAAUUAAUCCAUUACGAUAUUCAUGGAAAUCAAAUGACAUUGUUAGCUUUGUUAUUUCAUCAUCAUUUUUUGAUCAAGCAUUUAAAAUUAUUGCUGAUCUUGUGCCUCAUACUUUGUCAAUGUUUUUAAAUGAAGUAUGCUGUAAUAUUGAAGAUAUACAAUUAUUUUUUGAUCCUUGGAAUUCAGAAAAUGUUGAAAAAUUUAUUCAUGUACUCUCACUAGUAUCACUCAGUACAAAAUGUUUUAUGGUUUUUAUGCUUGAUAAUGAAAAAGAAGAAUCAAAUUCAAGCGAUGAAAGUAUUGAUCAUCCUCAAAGUUUUUGUCAACUCAUAGAAUACUCAUUAAUUGAUGAUUCCCCAUAUCAUUACUUCAGUCUCUUAUCUUUGGAAGUCAUGAUAUGGAAUCUUGAUAUAUUAGUUUAUCUACUACAUGCUUAUGAUCUCCAGUCAAAACUACUUGAUCUUCAAGAAGCCAGUCAACUUGAGGUAACAAAAUACAUUGACAAAAAUAAAGAUGAUGAUAAUAAUGAAGAAUAUGAAGAAGAGCAAAAAAUUGAUAUUGAUGAAACUCAUGUUGUUUAUGUUGUUGAUGAGUGCAGCUCUUUACGUCACAAAAUAUUAUGUAAAUCAUAUUAUGUUCGUCAAAAACUUGAUAAGCCUAUGAAAAGUAUUGAAAAAAAUAUGAUUUUUUCAUCAUUUCCACCACCAGAAAUGGACGAUGAAUGGCAAAGACCACGAUCAAUAACAGAUCAUUCAGAACUUGAUGAUGAACUUAGUAAUAUAAUACCAGGUUUAAGAGAUAGCAGUUGGAUUGUGCAAAUGAAAAAAGCUCAUGAAAAUUCACCUCAACCUAUGAAGCAUACAACUUUGAUAAAUUUAUUGGAACAAAUGAAACAAGCAAUAUCAACUGUCGAAUGGGUUGAUAUAUUUAUAUGGAAAGAUUCAUCAUACACUUAUUAUUGGCUGCCUGAAGAAGAUUAUGGUCUUGAUCUGGCUAUACGUUACUUUGAGGAUCAAUGCAAAAAUACUGGUGAUCAAUUUGUUGCUAAAAAACAUUUAAAACACGUCUUUGAAACACUUCAUGGUUUUAUAAAUUAUGAAAAACCAGAUACUUACGAAGCUUUUGAUUGGUUUGUUUCUACAAUAUUUGUUAUUUGUAAUGGACAAAUUGAUACAUGCAAAGAGUUUGUAAGAAAUUUUGUACAUUAUCCAUCGGCAAUGUACAUGUGGCGUGAACUUGGUAAUGCAAUUGAUAAUUUAAACAAUGAAAAAUUAAUAACACAAUUUUUAUUGUGUCAACAUAUUGAAACUGUUGUGAAUCAAGAAUUACCAAAUGCGUGUUAUGUUUUGAAAAGUAAUUAUGGUCUUCAAUGGUGGAUCAUUUGCAAUCAACUGUUAGGACAAUGUUUUUGGGGAAUUCUAGAAUGGUCAGAAAUACUGCAUUUCUUUUCGAUUUGCAUAAUGAAUCCUCCAGAUUAUAUUGUAUAUUAUUGUGUUUCACUUUUAAAAUAUUGUGAACCACUGAUCAUGCAAGAUGUUAUUGAAAAAAAAUCUUGGCCAGAAAAUUUAGAUUUAAGUGGUUAUCAUUGUCAUGAACACAUGAACUUUAUUGAUCGUCUGGAAAAAAAAUAUCAAAACAAUAUUUUACCCUCAUUAACCGGGAGAAAAGUAAAUUCACUUGACAAAGAAACUGAUGAAUUUAUGUAAAAAAAAAAAAAAAAAAAACUAUUAAUUC